GAUCUCCCUCCUUCUGCAUCUGUGUUCGCAACAGAAGAUAUGGAGGCAUUAAACGUGAUUUUCAUUCCGGCUUCCAGCGCGGACGAAGUCAUACCUGAUGUUGAAAUCACUGAAUUUCCGGAACAGUACCUUCUCCCUAAUAUCAAUCGUGAAAUACUUGGACAUACAGACUUUGAUGUUCGCCGACUUAAAGGCAUCUCAAAACCAAAGGUUCAAACAUUUCUUAACAAGUUGAAUAAUGUCGUGGUGAAUAGUGUGCAGGCGAUUGGCACACAUGAAUCCUUUACCGACACAUGUGUAGAUGAUAUACUUCGUAUUGCUAAGUUAAAUGGAUUUCCCUUAAUGAUCAGAAAUCAACCGCCAUGCAACUUAUACAUCCAGGAUGUUGCACGCGUGACAUCAGUCCCUGAUUUCGUAAUUGAGAAUCAAAGCAGAGAAAACCGUAAUAUUGUUGUGAUAGAGGACAAACACCUGCAAAAUGUUGGGCGAAGCAAUGGAUAUGGAGAAACACAAAUCGCAGUAGAGAUUCUCGCUUGUGGUAGUGAGAAUAUACGUUCCAUUCGCAGAGCGGAAUAUACAGAUCAGACAUUAUGGGCAGUUCGUAUAAUUUCGACAUAUGUUACGUUUUAUAAAACAUUGAUUCCUGCGAUGUAUUGGGAGGAGCUUGGUAAAGGCUUGCCAAAAAACCAGUCAAUGACGGUUAAAAGAUGGCCGGCUAGGAAUAGUUUCGACACUAGUUUCGAUCUUGCUCAACCGGAAGGAAGACGGGAAGUGUUUACAGCGUUAGCCAAAAUACGUAAAUCACUUUUACAAGAAGAGGGAGAAUAA